CCGCCGCGCUGUGCCGCUCCGUCCUGCCGGUGGGAGGAGGUGGCAGCAGCGGCGGGAGGAGGUGGCAGCAGCGGCGGGAGGCAGGUUUCCACCCUGAGACUGUCUUCUAAGGCAAACUAUCACCAAUGGAAGUAACAUUUGUUUUUCCAGCAUUCUGGGAUCCCGUUCUUUGGAGCUCAUUGCUUUGCUUUGCCCAGAAGCCUGCCUGGUCCUCAGCCUCUUCCCAGCUUCUGAAGGAGGGAAGAGGACUGUACUGUUUGGGUUGGCUGGAUUAACUGGCUGUCAUUCAGAGGGACCUUGACAGAUCUAUUUUGCUUUCGUUGAACCUCUCUACUGCACGUCGUAAGGAUUUCCUGCAUCCAGAAGCUGCACUGAAGGCAACUGGGCAGCACAAAAAUGUGACUUUGACAAGAGACUCCAAGCCUUCUGCAGAGGAAUUUCUUACUGAUCAGUUUGUAAUUUAAGCCUAUAACUGAAGCAUGCAUAGUAGUUAGUUAAUCUGAUAGGGGAAAAAGGCUUUCUUGUUACCUAGCGCUGCCAAAAAAGCAGUCACUUGAAGCUUCAGAAUGAGUGCUCCGUUAAUCCCAAACAAGUCAUGUUACUCCCAGCUUCAGGACAACCGAAGUGAAAUAAAAAAUAAUAAUGAAAGCACAGUGAGUGUGGGGGAUACCAAUGCCAACCAAAUCGUGACAAAAGUUAGAACCACGGAAGGAGAUAUCAAGAAACAGGGUUUGACAGAGGAGGGUGGAAAUAUACACUCUGGAGGAUCAGAGAAAGUUACUCAUCUGGAUACAGAACAGAAUAAACUGGUGUUCAGAGAUUCUCGGACCUGUAACACCAGCGUACAGGAAAGUAAGCUGCCCUCAACCACAAGCAGGGAAAUGGGGAAGGACAGCAGGACCAGCGAAGUUAAGGAUAUAGCAAGGCAUAUCAGGAUUAGCCGAGGACAAAGUCUGUCCAAUUUAAAAAGCAGCACAAAUGAUUCUAACCUGGAGAUAAUUUCAAAAGGUGAUGUUGACUUCACCCAGAAUUUUCCUAAGGGUAAAACGUCCAGAGCUGUGGAGAUGGAAAGAAUAAAAAGGCUCUCUUUGGGCAGACCCAGUAAAUUUUCUCCUCAAUCUGAAACACUUACGAAAGAAUGUGUUGGCCGUGCGUCUUGUAAGCGUCUGCUUUCUGCAUCAUUGGAUUCCAUUGACAGGUCUCACCAUUUGAUUGGAAAUACAGAGAAAUCACAAAAAACUUCCACAGAUCAUUUUCUCGGGAUGGUGUUUCAUCCACUCGACAAUACCUCAGAGGAAAAUACUGUCUUUUAUUCCAAACCAUCUACCUCAGGGAACAAGAAAAUAAGUAAACCAGAAAAUGUACCAAACGUUAACACUGAAAGCACACUGCAUACUUCUCAUACCAAUCAUCAUUCAGCUGUUAAGCCCAAUGAGAUUGCUAGUAAAUCAGAAGCACAAUUAGGUCAGGGUGAUAGAAGUAAGAAACUGGAGCUUAAGGCUGCACCAUCUCUACAGUCUAAAAACACAUGUCAACAAAAGGUUGAGAGAAUUAUGGUGGUAGAGUUUCUGGGAUGUAAAAAAGAUGGAAGUACAACAGUGCAAGAACAGAAAGGGUCUGGAUCUGACACAUCAACAUUUCAAACAUCCCAUUUUCAAGACAUUUGUGAUAAAGCAGAGGACCCCUUGUCAAGUCAGGUCGUAACCUCUCCUGAUGACAAAUUGCAAAGUGAAAGCUUCACCAUCCAUGGGGAAGGAAGAGGAGGCCAUGAGAGUGACAGCGGGGCAGCUACCCAGGUUAGUGAGGAAGACAGAGAAGUGGAAACAAUAAUCCCACUCACCUGCGAUGGUAAUUCCAGCAGCAAAGUGACACCUAAAAAAAAUGAAAAUUUACAUGAAGCUGAUGCAGGCUGUGCUGGAACAGUUGGUGAACAGGUAUCUCUUAUCAAUAACACGAAUCUACCUGACAGCAAACCCUUGCAAGUUAAUGAGGAGAAACUGAUGCUAGUCGAAGGAAGCACUGAGGAUGCUGCCGUGCCUGCUUCUGAUCUCUCGGAACAACACAGAGUGUGCAGUGCGGAGACAGUGCCAAACCAACAACCUGACAACCACAAUAGUGAUGUGGAAACCUCAAGCUUCUUGGUUCCAAGUAAAAAGACAGCUCCUGCACAGAAACAUCCUCCAGAUGAAGCACCAGAGAGCUAUAAUGUUUCGGCAAAGGCUGACACCUUUUUAUGUGUUCCUACUCAUAUGCACCCGGUGGCAGUGCUGGAUGUUAAUAGUCAGCCCGCACUAUCAAACAGUAAUUUGAAGGACCUUUAUGCACUUCCCAUUAACAAACUGUCACCCUCCUCAGUCCUACCUCCUGUUGACAGUACGCAGUUGAUAAACAUAUCCCCCAAAGUGCCUAUGAAGACUGCAAUCAGCAGCGCAAUCCCCAAACCUAUCUUGGUCCACUCCAAGGGCUCCCUCACAGAUAAGGUGGAUGUGGACAGUGACUGCAGUGAGAAACUGGAAGAAAGCAUGGAGGUGAAACCUGCCAUACCCAAGCCCAAACCUGUGAGACCUAAAAUCAUCACAUACAUCAGAAGAAACCCUCGUUCGAUAGAGCAGCUCGACCCUUCAUUUGCACCAGCGGGGCUGCCGUACGGUACCACAGCGUGCACAGUGCCCAUCUCCAUGGAGCAGAAGACAUCUGGUGGAGGGGAGGGGAAGGCCCCCAGCGUCCUGUAUGACAAAUUUAAACCUGACCUCCAGAAGCCAAGGCUCUUCAGUUCUGGACUGGUGGUGUCAGGAAUUAGGGCCCCCGGUCAUCACUUCGGUCCAGUGGGUGAGAAGUUCCUGCAGGAGGUUGGGGAAAGGCCUGCAAAAGACGAAUUUUGUCCUCCACCAUACACUCACUAUGAGGUCCCACCAAGUUUUUAUCGGUCUGCCAUGAUACUUAAGCCACAGUUAGGACUGGGUGCAGUCUCCAGGUUACCAUCUGCCAAAAGCAGGAUUCUCAUUGCAAGUCAAAGAUCCUCAGGCACCUGUCUUCAUCAGCAAGGAGAAAUAACGAGUGCUCCCAGUCUCUAUCAUCCUGAUGCUUCAGUUGAUCUUAAGAAAGUCCCGUGUCCAAAUGCUGCAAAGUCAAAUCUCCCCAAGCCGUGUCCAUCCGGACUUCGCCCUCCAGGUUACUCGCGGUUGCCAGCAGCCAAGCUGGCAGCAUUUGGUUUUGUGAGAAGCUCAAGCGUGUCCUCUGUCUCCAGCAACCAGUCAAACGACAGCGCUCAGAGCGAUCAAAGCAGGACAGCCAACCGUUCCAGCUUUGGAAAUGAAGAGCAAAGCACUCCUAAGGCAUCUGCACCUUCUAAAGACAUACCCAAGGGUAGCAGCAAGAACACAACGCAGGUAUCGAGCGGCACAGCGACUCCGCGUAGGAGCUUACUUCCAGCACCGAAAACUGCCACUGCACCUGCUGGCUUGAAGAAAGAAAUACAAAAGGAUCAGGAUGCUAAUAGACCAGCUGUCUCCUCCCCUAAGAGAUCAGCAGUGACAGCCACCAAGCUCCACUCACCAGGACACCCCAAGCAAAGGUCAACCACCCCAAGAAAUGUAUGCUCCCCGAAACGGGGAGAGAGUCGAGAUGCUGAAAAGCAGUUCAUCCAGAAACUGAAGGAAAAGUGCGAUGAGCAGUCCCGGCAAUUAAGCAAUAUUCGAGAUGAGCUUAAAAGGACCAGCUGUGGCUUUGAUGUCUUUGCUAUAACAACACAGCACUUUUUCAGGCAGAAAGAAAAUGCUCUUGUGAAAAUAGACGAGCUACGAGUUGAGCUUACAAAGAUCAAGGAUGAAGUUGCCAUCAACACAGAGAGAUGGAAGAAACAACUACAAAACGAGAAGGAGGAUCUGGAGAGGCACUUAGAGGAGGAGGUGGAAAAGCUUCACCAGCAGCAGAAGGAGGAGCUGCAGGUGGUGGAGCAGCGUCUGCGCGAAGAUUACAGCACCAAGAUGGAGAGCCUGCAGGAGCAGCACAAGCUGCAGCUGGAGCAAGUCAAGUCUCAGCACCUGCGCCAGGUGUCUGACAUCACAGCUGCCCACGAAGCUUCUGUAAUACAGCUGGAAAACAGCCACACCAUCGACGUUGCUGUACUGGAGGAUGAACACGGCCGCGAGAUCCAAGAACUGGUUUUUUCUCACGAACUGGAGAAAACACAAUUAAAGGAAGACUUUGAGAAGCUGCGGCUGUCACUCCAGAUUAUACAAGCUCCAUAUGUGCACUUAGAGAAAGAUCUGAAGAGCUUAAGACAUGUUCUGGACUUGAAGAACCAUCAGAUUCAUGAACAGGACAGGAAGAUUAUGGAGCUAGAAAAACAAGCUGAGAAAAACUUAAUCCUGGAAGAAAAGAUCACUAUGCUCCAACAGCAGAAUGAAGAACUCAGAGCCAGGAUUGAGCAGAACACUGUCAGAACAAGGCAACUGUCAGAGGAGAACGCCAAUCUCCAAGAAUCUGUCGAGAAAGAAGUGGAGGAGAAGAAGCGGCUGAGCAGGACAAACGAGGAGCUGCUCUGGAAGCUGCAGGGAGGAGACGCCGUCAGCCCCACCAAGGCCCCCCCAGCAUCAUCCGCAUCGUUUUGUCGCUCAUCAGGGAACACCUCGCCAGCCAAAGCCAGAAACAUGCGGCGGUGAUCCAUCACAACCCGCCGCCUCGGGCACGUUUCCAGCUGCUGAACCUCACACCCAAGGAAUUACCACCAUCAGCAGGUGCCAGGGCUCGUGGCUGCAAGCACGCUCCGUGGCUGCAUAGCUUCACAUUAGGCAGGGCUCUUCGAGAGGCCCCAGAUAGGAACUCGUUGUUUUGACACGUUCGUUAGGGUAGCAGAAAGGAUAGUGACAAGUUAGGAUAGCAGAAAGGUAGGAUUUAGGUUUAGCUUAGUAUGGUAAUGAUUUCACUACGGUUAGAGUCAGCUGUUGGAAAAGGCUUUAUCUUAGGUUCACUGGGAUGAACAGCUGCUGCAGUACUUCAGGUUAGUCUCACAUAGAGUUCCGGUUGUGAAUAUCUCUGUAUAUGUGUCUGUGUUUAUAUACAUGUACGUACUGUACCUUUAUACCUAUAUAUAGACGCACACACAUAUGUAUGUAGUUGAGGACGUUCUGGAUUGCAUUUUUUAUAUUCUUGGAUACUGCUAAGUGCUGAUCUAUUUUCAUUACAGUCAGCGGUUUUCUAACUUGUGCCUAAGACUCGUAUCAAAAGGAAACGCAUUUCUGUUGCGCCUCCCAGGAACAUUUAUACCCGAACUAGAAGGAAGUCCCACAGAAAUAGAAGCGCCUUCCAAGUGACCACCAAGUGGUACAACCCUUAACACGAACACCAGCGACUUUGUCAUUCGGAGACAGUACUGCCUUGAGAACAUCACCUUUGCAUUGAGCACCAGAUGAGAAACGCAAAAACCGUUCACUGCUUUUAGCUCUUAGCGUUGAUGUUGUAAGUUAGUGGGGAUAAGAUAGAGAUGAGAAACUCUAUAGAGUUUUAGUGAGUUUGAUAGAGGUUACUGGGUAAUGUGUUUCAAUUUUAGACUCUUUAGUUCCUAGAUUGCUUUUCUCUUGCUUCCCCUUGACCUGGUUUGGAAACAGUCGAAACCUCUGGGUGUAGGGUCCUGUUCAGGCUGAUUUGUUUCAAGUCCCGUGAGCAAGGAGGAGAAAACCAACCCUUUGUGUUCGGACCUUUGCUGGCCCAGCGUUAGGCUGAGCUGGUGGGCGCCUGCUGGAACAUGGGGAACGAUACAGAGGGCUGCAUGGGCGCAGGUGAGGUCAGAACGUUCCCUUCCAUACCUACCCACGUCUCACACUGCUACAUUUUACCUAGUGUUGCAAUGUGUGUGUGGGAGCAGUGCCCCGGCUUUGCUGGAACACUCUCAGCAACACUCUGCAGCUCAGACACAGAUUUGGUCACCGCCAGUGUGUCCAUGGCCCCUCUGCAACGCUAUAAAAAUAAUAGUGAUUUGGGUUUUUUUUUCUCCUUUUUCUGAGAAAUUCAUUUUUUGUAGCAGCUUUGCAUGAUGCUGUGAUGCUGAGUGACUGGAGCAUCUUGUUAGCACCUUACCACAGCAGCUGCUGUUUGAAACAUAUUGCUAGAUGGUAGUGUGUCCAGCAAGUACAGCCAGGAAAUAGAACAGGUACACACACAAAGGCCCUCCUCACCAACACAGCGUAACCACUCUCAGACUUGCCGCAUGCACAGAAAGCUGCAAUAGCUCCUGCAGUGUCGUGCUUCACUCUGCUAAUGCAGUUCUGAUGGGAUGAGAUGACACAGCCAGAGUUGUUACCAAGACCUGAUCUCAACUUCCCCACGCUGAACACACCAGAGCAUAUUCUCAGCCUGGAAUGGGCUGGCCAAACCCGGCUUUCUUCAUUUCUUCAUUGUUUUCCUCUAUUUCUGGUGCUUUCCUACUCCCAUUUUUGAAUUAAAUUCAUAUUCAAUAAUUGCUUCCAGCAGUGAAUUGGGAGUGGGGCUUCAAUGGUGGGAAAACCAGAACUGGCCCUAAUUCUGCCAUCACUCGGUGUCAUUGGCAGCCCCUUUCCCAUGGAGUUGUUGGCUCCCGGUCCUGCCUGUCACUGAAUGCUUCCUUGGCGCUACCUCCCAAUCACUAGCAAAGCUCAGAGCCCGGUGGGGAGGUGCCCUGGUCCAGCCAGCAUUCCCUAGGGGGAUGUCACAGGUACCUCCUGAGCCCAGAAACAGGGACUUCCAUCCCCCCCCAAAUUUUUCCUUUUUCUUGCUCUUCCUUCUCCUCAUCUGCGGGGAGGGGUCAGGCUGGUCAUGCCACAUGGAGAAGGAGGAAGCACUUGCCACAGACACCCAUCAUGGGCUGACCCCAGUGCUGGCUCCUCUGCUCACUGACAUUGGCACACAUCUCCCUUGGGGACAGGGCACACGCAGGUGCCUGGCCCACCCCAGAGGGACUGGAGCGGGGAGGGGGGCAGAGCAGAGGGCCACUCGCCCCUCGUCCCUCAGGCAGCGGCUUGGAAUUAUCAGAUGUUUGCAGAUUGAGCACUGGGCCCUUAGUGCAUCCCGCUGCAGGGCUCUGGGGGCGGCACAGUGGCAAAGGCUGCUGGUGGUAAUGGGGAAGGGGGGGGCAGGGCAGGAGAGCUGAUGCUAAGAGGUGCAAAUCGGGUAUGUUCUGUCUCUGCACUGAUCGCUUGUGUCCCAUGGACACGCCGAGGAGCCCCUGUACAGUUCCCACGCAGCAGGAGUCCCAUGGUCCGGUUCACUCUGUGGCUAAUGAGUACAGGAAGAGUUUGUAUUAUUUUGGUUCUGAUGUACAGAUAAGUGUAAUAUAUUCCUGAUAAUAAAUACACGCGCCAGCACACAGCGUGGGUGCAUAAAAA